UAUACCUGUUCUGUAUUAGCUGAUUAGAUCUGACGAUUUCCAAUUCCGAGAAUUCAGAUGUUUCUAUAGGAGCCAUAAAGUUGCUUAGUUCAGUUGCAACCUUGGAAUUUACAAUUACGACCUGCGCAGGCCUUUCUUUACGGAGCCUGAAUGAUGGAGCCUUCAGUUCGUCUGGCAGCUUCAAAUGCUUGCCGGGCAUGCUUAAGGUCCUCAGCGGCACAUGCAUCUCGUCCACCCAUGACGAGAGCGUUCUCCAAAGGCACCUCCCCGCGCUCAUUGCGACAGCCGAGCUCUUCUAGUCGACUUACACAUUCGAAUCGACCCAUCCCUCCCACGCAGACCAAGGGUAGUCUCUCAAGGCCUUUGUCCUUAUUCGGUCAACAGGCGAAGGUAGCCGAGGAUGGUUCGGCUGGACAGGGACCAGCUGCAACAUACGAGGACAGAUCGAGGCCGCCCAUUCUCCGCCCCGACGAUCUGUUUCACUCCUUUACCAAUUCGCCCAUUCCGGAGAUACGGCGUCGCGCUGCGUUUAUAAGACAACAUGGACGUUGCCCGCACCCAGACCAUAGUCCCACAGGCUCCGGGGCUCCGGCCCACGUCAACUUCGAAUGUCCGGAUUGUGGGAUUCCUGUCUAUUGCAGUGACCGACAUUGGGCCGAGGAUUACGAAGCCCAUCUACAAAUAUGCGAUACGUUACGACAAAUUAAUGAAGAUGACCAUGACCUUCGCUCUGGCAGAUUCUUUCCCGAAUUCGAGUACGCGGGGCCGCAAAUAGAAGAAGCUGCCGUCAACAUGACCAAUUGGGAUACCUUCCUAUAUACGAGAUCAUUCGAGGCUAUCAACGAUGACCGGAACAUGCGACAAGUUACUAGACUGCUAACAUAUCCGGUAACAAUAGGUAGCAUCCUCCACGAGCUUAGCCCCUAUAACAUUAGGAAAGGUGGCAGGCUCACACCUGAGGGCUUAAAGAGUUUAAGCGCUCUGAGAUAUACCUUGCACCCGCCCAUGUCCGGUGGCGGAGAGGACAUCAAAGGACUGCGGCCUGAAGCGCCUCCGGUGAGAAUAUUCAUACUAGGUGCCCGCGCAGAAUCAUCUCUACCUCGGAAUGUGUGGGUGCAGCUAGCUCACCUCUUCCCUCGAGGAAAAUUUCAUCUGAUCUUCAUUGGACCUGAGAGCAUGGCCAAUCGAGAUGACGAAUUCCCAUUGCCGGCUCGAACUCCUUCCAACCCUUUUGGUGCUAUAGUGGAAGACCGAGUGUGGCCGACAAUGAAGAUUAGCACCAUCGUGGAUUACUAUCAUACUCUUCACAAGACUGGUCAAUUCUACCCAUAUGACCCCUAUUUUGACUGCUUUGUCAUGUUCCAUCCAGGCUUGGGACAUCCGGCUAGUUCCCAUGAGUGGGCGGAAACGGUACCGUUGCUUCUUGAGACGAAGGCACCAAUUAUCGUAACGGGUUAUACGCAGUAUGACAUGGACAGGGAUAUAGAAUGGGUGAGGAAAACUUGCAGUGGCGAGUUUGAUUUACUCAUGGAACCUGGCGAAAACAUUUUCAGAAGUUUGCGGUGGGAUCUCAAUGAUCUAGAUCCGCAGGAUAUCAGCUGCGGUAACUGGGGAGUGUGGGCCUUCCGAGGCAAGAGAUAUGAAGCAACGACAAAAAAUGCUGAAUGAGGCACAAAUCUGUAUAUGCAUCGCUGUAUAUGACUACGUUGACUUAGUAGUGUAUAAAAUGCACCGCUCCGUGCUAAUGAGAUAAGUGCUGUAAAGUCAAUUGGGCGCCUCAAUAGAGUCUUCCGGUCUAUGCCUAAUCCACGCGAAUAUUCUAUAGAAAUGGACUAAAUGGCGCAAAAUUACGUUUUCGGCACCUUAAACACCAAAGUGUUUUGUUUAAAUGUGUUAAGGUUACGGAGAUUGUGUCAAGCAAUAACUGAUAAAUGUAUUAUGUAUUAUGUAUGAGGCUCAACGAUUCUCUGUAUAACGAGACAUGGCAAUCCUUGCUCUCGCAUGGGAUGCAAGUCAAGAGCCGAUGGUACCUUAGUCGAAGGCCUGUGCUCAGGUGCUAAAAUUUAAGAUUUACGCAGGCUUCGGGGCGCUCCGCUGCACCUGUCAACGUCAUUUCAGGUGGCACGAGCGUCUUACAGUUGCCGUAAGCUGUGGCUGCAAGUGCGACGUCCCUUGAC